UACAUACUUAGUGACGUCACGCCCCUCCUGGCUGGCAGUCUGUUAGGCAGUACGGGAGUGGAACCGCUAGAAAGAUACACAACUAAGUAGGGAAGACAGUGAGAAAACGUUUCAAGUAUCUGGUACUUAUCUGUAAAAAUAGGAAUAUUUGCAGUUGUUACAAAGGAAGAAUUCUGUCCGUCUGAUCCCUGGAGCAGGGGGUAACGUUCGCAACACGCGCAAUGGAUAGAGUUAUAACUUGUUUCUUUGCUGCGGUCAGUUUGUUGGUCUCAGUUAGAGGACAAGUAUUUAAAGGUGACUGCAACUUUGAGAAGUCAUACAUGACGUGCGGGUACCGGCAAGGCAAAGACGACGACCUAGAAUGGGAGCAAGUCAACACCAAAGAGAGACCGCCCUCGGAUCCUUGGAUGCCAACAGGUUCGGCCUUCAUGAUGGUGAACACGUCCGGCAGGUUUGCCGGGCAGAAGGCCCAGUUGCUUAUGCCCCAGCUGAAGGAGAACGACACCCACUGCGUUGUGUUCCAGUACUUUGUGGCGGGCCCGGAAGGGUCCAGCCCUGGACAGCUGAACGUCUACGUGAAAGAGAACCACAGCCCCCUGGGAAUUCCAGUUUGGAAUAUCUCCGGCCACACUUCUCCAUCCUGGGGCCAGGUGGAGCUCGCCAUCAGCACCUUCUGGCCAAAUUUCUACCAGAUCGUGUUUGAAGUGGUGACCUCAGGACAGCGCGGACUCCUGGCCAUCAAGGACGUGCUCCUCCAGGGUCAUCAGUGCAUGAGUACCCCACAUUUUCUGCAUAUUAAGGACGUGGAAGUCAAUUCCAGACAAACUGCUACCUUCCAAUGCACUGUCAACGGCCGACCCCAGAAUAACUACAACCUCUGGUUACAGGGCAUUGGCGGCCGGGAAGCCCCCAUGAAGACGACCAAACCCGUGAACACGAGGCGUUUUGUCGCCACCUUUGAUGUGGACAAUGCCACCCACCGAGACUCGGGGCGCUACCGCUGCAUUGUCCACUCAGACAAAGGAAUCGGGGUGUCGAAUUACGCCGACCUGACGGUCAAACGGCCCCCAGUCCCCAUCGCACCCCCGCAGCUCACAGCGGUGGGAGCCACCUACUUGUGGAUCCAACUCAACGCAAACUCCAUCAACGGGGACGGCCCCAUCAUCGAGAGGCAGGUGGAGUACCGCACCCUGUCCGGGAGCCUCAUAGACAACCAGCCCGUGGACAAGACCACCCACAAGAUCGGCCACCUUGACCCCGACACAGAGUACGAGAUCAGCGUCCUCCUCACCAGGCCCCUGGACGGGGGCACGGGCGCUCCCGGACCCCCCCUCCUGGCAAAGACCAAGUGUGCUGACCCCAUGCACGGGCCCAGGAAGCUGGAGGUGGUGGACAUCCAGUCCAAGCAGAUCACGGUCCACUGGGAGCCCUUCGGCUACAACGUGACCCGAUGCCACAGCUACAACCUGACGGUCCAGUACCGCUACCGGGCCGGCUCCAAGGAGGAGACCCGCGAGGAGCUGUCCUACGACACCCUGAGCGCCGCCCCCCAGCACACCAUCCGCAGCCUGUCGCCUUACACCAACGUCAGCGUCAAGCUCGUCCUCCGCAACCCCGAGGGCGUCAAGGAGAGCCAGGAGCUGGACGUGCUGACCGACGAGGACGUGCCAGGGGCGGUGCCUCUGGAAUCCAUUCAGGGAAGCACCUACGAAGAAAAGAUCGCCCUCAAGUGGCGGGAACCAGCACAGACCUACGGCAUAAUCACGUUGUAUGAGAUCUCCUACAAGGCAGUCAGCUCUUUCGACCCAGUUUUCAACCUCUCCAACCAAAGCGGGAAAGUUUUCAAGCACAGCAACGAGACCUCGCACACGUUCGUGGGCCUUUACCCCGGCAGCACGUACUCCUUCACCAUCAGGGCCAGCACCGUCAAAGGCUACGGGCCUCCGGUCAUCACCCAGUUCACCACCAAGAUCUCCGCCCCCCACAUGCCCGGCUAUGAUCAGGAGACCCCCCUGAAUCAGACAGACAGCACGGUGACAGUCCUCCUCAAGCCAGCGCAGAGCCGAGGGGCACCUGUCAGCGUGUACCAGGUGGUGGUGGAGGAAGAGCGCCCCCGUCGGGCCAGGAGGGCCGCGGAGAUCCUGCGCUGCUACCCCGUGCCCAUCCACUUCCAGAACGCCACCCUGCUCAACUCCCAGUACUACUUCACGGCGGAGUUCCCUGCGUCCGGGAUACAGGGCCCCCAGGCCUUCAGCAUCGGCGACAACAAGACCUACAACGGCUACUGGAACGCCCCGCUCCUGCCCCACAAGAGCUACAGCGUCUACUACCAGGCAGUCAGCACGGCCAAUGGGGAGACCAAAAUUGAUUGCGUUCGAGUGGCCACCAAAGCCGCCAUAAUCGUGACUCAGCUCACAACACCCUACAUUCGCAUCGCCCCGGCGGCUGGCGACAACCAACUAACAGGGGCCGCCACGCGGAAGCCCGACGCCGUGGAACCGGAGAAACAGACCGACCACACGGUGAAGAUCGCAGGAGUCAUCGCCGGCAUCCUGCUCUUCGUCAUCAUCUUCCUCGGCGUGGUGCUGGUCAUGAAGAAAAGAAGAACCUAUCACUCCUACACUUACUACCUGAAACUGGCGAAGAAGCGCAAGGAGACCCUGAGCAGCACUCGGCAGGAGAUGACGGUGAUGGUGAACUCCAUGGACAAGAGUUACACCGAGCAGGGGACCAACUGUGACGAGGCCAUCUCAUUCAUGGACACGCACAACCUCAACGGCAGAACUGUGUCCUCGCCGUCGUCUUUCACCAUGAAGACUAACACGCUCAGCACAUCCGUCCCCAACUCCUACUACCCAGAUCCAUUUGUGCCAACUGCUAUCUUAGUGCCCAUUAAUGACGAGAACCACACCAUGACCAGCGACACCAGCAGCCUGGUGCAGUCGCACACCCACUCCUACAAGAAGAGGGAGGCGGUGGACGUGCCGUACCAGACGGGGCAGCUGCACCCCGCCAUCCGCGUGGCCGACCUGCUCCAGCACAUCACCCAGAUGAAGUGCGCCGAGGGAUACGGCUUCAAGGAGGAGUACGAGAGUUUUUUCGAAGGACAGUCUGCGCCUUGGGACUCCGCCAAGAAGGACGAAAACAGAAUGAAGAACCGAUACGGGAAUAUCAUUGCAUACGAUCAUUCCCGUGUCAGGCUCCAGGCCCUGGAGGGGGAACAGAGCUCGGAUUACAUUAAUGCAAAUUACGUUGAUGGUUACCAUCGGCCAAAUCAUUACAUUGCAACGCAAGGUCCAAUGCAAGAAACUGUCUAUGAUUUCUGGAGGAUGGUGUGGCAGGAGAACACAGCCACCAUCCUCAUGGUGACCAACCUGGUGGAAGUGGGAAGGGUGAAAUGCUGCAAGUACUGGCCUGAUGACACCGAGAUCUACAGGGACAUGAAGGUGACGCUCAUUGAGACCCAGCUGCUGUCCGAGUACGUCAUCAGGACCUUCGCCGUGGAAAAGCGAGGCGCACACGAGAUCCGGGAGAUCCGGCAGUUCCAUUUCACGGGCUGGCCUGACCACGGGGUGCCCUACCACGCCACGGGGCUGCUGGGCUUCGUCAGGAGGGUGAAGUCCAAGACCCCCGCCAACGCGGGGCCCAUGGUGGUCCACUGCAGUGCCGGGGCAGGCCGCACCGGCUGCUUCAUUGUGAUUGACAUCAUGCUGGACAUGGCGGAGCGAGAGGGCGUGGUGGACAUCUACAACUGCGUGCGCGAGCUGCGCUCCAGAAGAGUCAACAUGGUUCAGACAGAGGAGCAGUACGUCUUCAUUCACGACGCUAUCCUGGAGGCAUGCCUGUGCGGGGACACCACCAUCCCUGCCUCCCAGCUACGCUCCGUCUACUACGACAUGAACCGCCUGGACCCCCAGACCAACUCCAGCCAGAUCAAAGAGGAGUUCAGGACGUUGAACAUGGUGACCCCCACGCUACGGGUGGAGGACUGCAGCAUCGCCCUUCUUCCCAGAAACCACGAGAAGAACCGCUGCAUGGACGUGCUCCCCCCCGACCGCUGCCUGCCCUUCCUCAUCACCAUCGACGGCGAGAGCAGCAACUACAUCAACGCCGCGCUCAUGGACAGCUACAAGCAGCCAUCUGCUUUCAUCGUUACCCAGCAUCCCUUGCCGAACACGGUCAAAGAUUUCUGGAGGUUGGUGCUGGACUACCACUGCACUUCGAUAGUGAUGCUGAACGAUGUGGACCCGGCCCAGCUGUGUCCUCAGUACUGGCCCGAAAACGGAGUCCACAGGCAUGGGCCAAUCCAAGUGGAGUUUGUGUCAGCUGACCUGGAGGAGGACAUCAUCAGCAGAAUAUUCCGCAUUUACAACGCAGCGCGGCCGCAGGAUGGGUACCGCAUGGUGCAGCAGUUCCAGUUCCUGGGCUGGCCCAUGUACCGGGACACGCCCGUGUCCAAGCGUUCCUUCCUCAAGCUCAUCCGGCAGGUGGAGAAGUGGCAGGAGGAGUACGACGGCGGGGAAGGCCGCACCGUGGUGCACUGCCUGUCGGACAGGAACGGCGGAGGCCGCAGUGGGACGUUCUGCGCGAUCAGCAUCGUCUGCGAGAUGCUCCGCCACCAGCGCUCGGUGGACGUGUUCCACGCUGUGAAGACACUGAGGAACAACAAGCCUAACAUGGUGGACCUACUGGAUCAGUACAAGUUCUGCUAUGAAGUCGCACUGGAAUACUUGAAUUCUGGGUAACUUGCCACAAGCUCCACCUCCCCCCCUUGCCCUGGCCCCGCCUACCUGGACAAUGUUUAAAUGUUAGCUGGAAACCUGAGGCGUGCUGCUCAGACUAGUGUUUUUACACAAUUAAUGAAGGACAAAGGCUGGUAGGACCAGAUGUUUGCACUGCUCAUCUGACCUGUCUGUGGUGGUCUGCCCCUCCCCCCCGCUCCCCACACGCCCCCGUUCCCUCGCUAUGUAUGCGCAGCAAGAAAUGGUCGGACACGUGUCACUGUAUUAGCCUCUCAUGAGAACCCCUGCCAUCUUAGCGAGCAGGAGCACAGUGAUGUACUAACAGUUCAUUUGGUCCAGAUCUUUUAGUUUUGACCUCUCCUCUUGCCUGUGACCUUUGGUUAUUGCCUUUAUCCUCGUUGGAUGAUAAGUGUCAUUUCCGUUUUUGUGGGGAAUGCGAUAUAGCGUAACGUUGCAAUGUUUUUAAGUUUAAUUUUUUUUUAUUCUUUGUUUUUUUUCUCUCCAAAAAAUCACAUUUGUUGACGCAGAGCCCAGUGUGUGUAUAGCUGAAGUAAACAAACCGACAUUGAGAAAUGAAAUUCUAAGUGUUACUUUGUCGUUGCUGUAUUUUGCUACAAGUAUCAUGUUGAAGGAGGAAAACGUUGGCACAAUUCACAUGCGAGCUUAUGUCACGUCCGAUCAGAAGAUCCAAAGCUUAUUUUCUCUUCAUUUGUUUAUAUUGUAAAUAUUUGAAGUUCUGCAGAUUAUUUAUUCAUUCGGAGUAAGUUUUUGUGAAGCACAUUGAGUGACAAUCAUGUUUUUUUGAUUUAUUAUUUUCUCUCUUCUCAGACUAUAAUGUUGUUCAGAUAAUACUGUUAGCCUUUUGUUUAUGUUGUAUGUAAAAAAAACAACUUCAGUUUGCAAAUACAUACAUAUAUCUGCCAUUACUGCUUAUAUUGUAUUUCUUAUCCAUUUUUUAAAUUCAUUAUAUUUCUUCUAACAUUCUUUCACGUCAUUCAAUCAGGAUAUGUUAUUAAUCUAAAUGUUUACUCUUGAGUCCUACGCACUUCAGUUCACUAAGGUCAGUUUUGCACAAGUGAACAUUGCAUCAUAAACACAACUAAGCCCUUAAUUAUUAAUUACGUCUUAAACAACGUCCAAGAGCUUAAAAGCUCCAAAAUAUCAAAAUGAGGGGUAGUCUGGAGUUAGGUCGUCUAAUAUUUAAAUAUUUCUGUAUUUUCACAUUUAUCUUCCCAGCUUUCUAUUCUAAAAAUACACAAGCUAUAAUUUAAAGAUGUACCUGGAUGGCUGUACAGCAUGUUUUAUUGAUUGUGCACUAUUUUGAACAGACUGGAAUUGCAAAGCAUUGGUGAAAUUAUGACGCAAUCCAAAAUCUGCUGUAAGGAGGCCAUGUAUCUGGCACUUAUUCUUAAUGCACUAAUGCACUCCAUGGUUUGGUUAGAUUCUGACUGUGACAGUGUUGACUCUGAUGAUGAUUCCCAUAGGGCAUCACCAUACAAGCAUCAUUCAGCAAAGGAGGGUUUCACUCUGCUGAAUGUUCACCACAUUAUUCGCUCAAUGCUGCAGUCCUCCAGUGCGGUAACUUCUAUUGCAAAGUGAAAAGAAGGGACCUGCCUGUGCUUCAGAGGAUCCGUAUGCUUGUGUGAACCUUCCCAAAUUAGCAGAGGUUGUUUCUCCUAUGGACCAGUUCCAGUUCCACUGGGAACUUGAAAUUUCAGAAGAUAGAAAAAAGAA